GCAGCAGUGGACGCAGCCCCAUCCACCCCCAGGGGGCGCUUCAUAGUGUUCGUGGCGCCGGGCGUGUACAGCGAGACGGUGCGAGUGACGCGCAGGAACGUGACGCUGGUGGGGGCGGCGCCCGAGGCAACGGUGAUCACGGGCAGCGCCAGCGUGGUGGGCGGCUCCACCACUUACAACAGCGCCACUGUCGCCAUCACGGGGGCGGGCUUCCUGGCGGUGGGGGUGCGCUUUGAGAACACGGCAGGGGCGGCCAGCCACCAGGCGGUGGCGCUGAGGGUCACGGCGGACAACUGCGCCUUCUUCGACUGCCACUUCAUCGGCUGGCAGGACACGCUGUACGCGCACAGUGGGCGGCAGUACUACCGCAACUGCGUGGUGAACGGGUCGGUGGACUUCAUAUUUGGCAACGGCGCCACCGUGCUGGACAACUGCACAUUGCAGAUCCGCCCACAGCCCAACGCCGUGGUAACCGCGUCGGGCCGCGCCAACUCCACGGAGCCCACGGGCAUCGUGAUUGUCAACUCCCGCGUGGAGGGCGACGUGCCGCAGGCGCAGUUCCUGGGGCGGCCCUGGAGGCCCUUUGCACGCGUGCUGUACAGCAACACCAUCAUUGGCUCCUCUAUCAACCCCAAUGGCUGGAUGGACUGGGGAGGCACAGUGUAUGAAACGACAACGUUUGUCGAGUUCAACAACUCGGGGCCCGGCUCAGUGGGAUCACGCAUUGCUUGGGCGAAGCCAGGAAUUGUGAACGAUCCGUCUCUUGUGGCUCAAUACUCCCCCGAUGUGUUCCUUUACCCGUGGAUUUCAGUGCAGCGGGAAGUAAGCGGCAUCGCCAUGGUCGUCAUCCAUGAAUUUCAAAUUCCGUUGCCGCUGUCCGCAGAAGAGUACCGCAUAGCACAGCUGUAUAUGAUCGCCAAGUUCAGCGAGCACCACUCGUCGGACAACAGCGACGGCGACGGCGUGGAGGUGCUCACCAACGAGCCCUUCCAGGAGGACGGGCGCACCGGGCAGUACACGCACAAGAUCUACCACCUGGCCAAGAAGGUGCCUCAGCUGGUGCUGGCGAUUCUGCCCAAGAAGGCACUGCAGCUGGAGGAGAAGUCGUGGAACUGCUACCCUCACUGCGUCACAGAGCUGACUAACCCCUACUUCACCAAGUUCAAGCUGCGUGUGGAGUCCGCCUACCUCAAUGACCGCACGCCGCAACACAAUGCACUAGGAGUGAGUGACGAUGUGCUGCAGAGGAGGAGUGUGGAGGUGUUGGACGUGGCGGGUGAGGCGGUGGAGGCGUACGUGCCCGAGGAGGACCCCGCGCGCUUCACCUCUGUUAAGACCGGCCGCGGCCCCUUCACUCCCGGCUGGCAGGAGCGCUGUGAGCCGUGCAUGGUGGCGUACAAGCUGGUCACGGUGGACCUGCCCUACUGGGGCUUCGGCCCGCAGCUCGAGAAAUACAUCGCCAGGGUGUUUCAGCGCAAGCUGAACAUCGAGGCGAACCGCAAGGCCAUCUGCUGGAUGGACGAGUGGUACGGCAUGACCAUGGCGGACGUCCGACGCAUGGAGGCUGAGGCCUUCUCCCGCAUCAACCAGGAUCGGCAACACAAGUACGGAGCGCAGCCACUCAUUGGCCGGUUUCUUCAAGUUCUCAUCGCCAUACACACCACACAGCACGCACACAAGGCUUUCAUCGCGGCCUUCGUUCCCACCAGACAUGCUCAUGAACUUUCUUUAUAUUGUUAUGAAUCCUGA